UGCGAGGGGACGCGAGACCGGGCUCGGGCCGCCGUGGGCCUCGGGAUCCCCGGCUGUCUGGGAGACCUCUGCUGGAGAGAGCUGCCCAUCUGCGAUAACACGCCACUGGUAUCUGAGCAUCAACUACAUGCCAGGCACUGGAAUUCAGGCCGGAAACCCCUGCCGUCCCAGAGUAGGCAGAGACGACUCAGAUGUGGAAAAGGAGGCCCAGAGAAGCUUAAAGGUUGCUCGGCUCACACGACCCGAACACUACAGAGCUGACAUCUGAACCCAGAGAAGAGCAAGCCGACACCAGACUGGGCAGAGGGCAGGGAGGCAAGUGGUGGCCUGAGAGGGACAGGCCCCUGCGCGGCCGCCAUGAAGCUGAACGAGCGCAGCCUGGCCUUCUACGCCACGUGCGACGCGCCGGUGGACAACGCGGGCUUCCUGUACAAGAAGGGCGGCCGGCACGCGGCCUACCACCGCCGCUGGUUCGUGCUGCGCGGCAACAUGCUCUUCUACUUCGAGGACCCGGCCAGCCGCGAGCCGGUGGGCGUCAUCAUCCUGGAGGGCUGCACGGUGGAGCUGGUGGAGGCCGCCGAGGAGUUCGCCUUCGCCGUGCGCUUCGCAGGGGCCCGGGCGCGCACCUACGUGCUGGCCGCCGAGAGCCAGGCCGCCAUGGAGGGCUGGGUGAAGGCGCUGUCGCGGGCCAGCUUCGACUACCUGCGGCUCGUGGUGCGCGAGCUGGAGCAGCAGCUGGCCGCCAUGCGGGCCGGGGACUGUCCGCACCCGCCGCGCCGCCCGCGCGCGCUCCCGCCCAAGGAGAACGGCUGCGCCGUGUGGAGCGCGGAGCCCCCGGCCGCCAGCCCCGCCCCCAGCCCGGCGGGCGCCUCCGCCGCCGGCUCCCAGCCGGGCGCCGCGCCGCCGCCUCUCCCUCCCCGGCGGCGGGCCUCGGCGCCCAACGGGCCCCUCCGCGCUGGCUCCUUCGCCCAGCUGCACGAGCUGUAUGGGCAGGAGGUGAGGGCGCUGAGGAGCCAGUGGCUCAGGAGCCGGGCCCAGCCCUGACGUCACCCCAGUGGUGGGGGAGCUGGUUCCAGCUGGACCCCAACCCCAGGCCUCGCUCUGACAGGCCCUGCCCUGGGAGACCAGGGUGGAGGGGUUCCUGAGGGAAGUCGGGGUGGCCUGGUUUCCGGGACCCGGCUCCGAGGGGUGCUUUAGGGCUGUGGGACUCAAAGGGGGCCCUGUGCCUGCUUCUAGGGAGCCUCCGGGGCCUCGGUGAGCCUCAAGAAGCCGGAGUCCUGGUAUCCAGGGAACUCUGGCCCCAAGCCGGCCGGAGUCAUCCAGCAAAGGCCUGUUGCUGUUAACAGGCCCCCACUGGGGUGACUGGGACCACGUGAGGAUCCGGGGCCUGAAAGGCAAUGCCGACUCAGCCCUGGUCCUGGCCGCUGGGACUGGCCCUGGACACGGACAGAGAGAAGCCUUGGCCUUGCAGCACCACACCUGGGUCUGACCUUUUGCUCCAGGGCCUGGCUCCAGGCCGCCUUCCUGACUCCCCAGGCAGGUGCAGAAGGCCGCGCAGGCGCAGGUCUUCAUGCACAGCCGGUGCGCUGAGAUGGCCUGCUCCCAGGGCUCUUGGCUUGCAGUGGGGCCGAGGCAGGACUUUGCUCUGGGACUCAGCCAGGCCUUGACAAGGUACUGCUGGCACAGCAGCGGCCCUCUGGUUUGGGCCAUGCGUGUGUCCCUGUGGUGGUUCUCACAUGCCUUCCCGACACUCCUUAACCACAUACUUCAGUCUCCUUCGGAAGUGGGUCUUUUGCCCCAGCGUGGGCUGGGGCCUCUCAGGAGCUCGCCUGACCUUGUCCAGCCCUGAGCUGGGCAGAUGUGGCCUGAGCUGACUUUCUAGCCGGGUUCCCCAGGGAUGGGUGGCCAGGAGCUGACUCACCACCCAGAAAGGGCCUGGGUGCUGAUCUGGUACUGCAAAGAAACAGCUGCCAUGCUGUGUUUGGCUUCUGGAAGCCCCUCACUCCACAGUCCCGGCCCACCUCCACCCCCAAUAUUCUGAGGGGGAGACCAGGUCUUGCUUUGCUUCGAGGCCGACUGCUGUUUUACGUACUCACCACAGUGGCCAUUCUUCCAGGGAGAAUCUCGGGGGGCUGGGACACCCCUGACCCUCAAGCUGGGUUUUGUUUACAGUCCUCAGUGCCCCACACUGGGGACCAACUGAGGACACAUAUGCCCCAACCUGUAUUUCCCCAGAGGGUCCCUCUUGGUGACAGUGGGCCUUGGUCCUGAGGCCCCUUCCUGCUGUCUUUGGAGACCCUGGGGCUCGGGGAAGAAUGGGGGGGUGUCUGUGUCUGCAGUCACCAGCUCACUGCUGGCUCAGUUGACUGGGGCUUCAGUUUUAAUUUAAUUUUUAAUACUUUAUGGUGUUUUUCCCCCAGCAACAGAGCCUGAUGUUUUCACUGCUUUUGUUUCUUGUUAGCUGGUGGGAGGGGAUGAGGUGCCCCAGCUCUGGGCUGGCUGAGGGUCGGCGGCGGGCAGUUGGCACGGCUCCCAGGGAGAGGAUCAGGAGCCUAGGCUGGAGACCGUCACCUCAAGAAUCUCACCUGGUUUUCUACCUUCUUCCCAGUCUCUACACGUCCUGUUCCGCUGACAGGUGCCUCUGGGGUGUUCCUACGCUUCCCGUGCCCCUCCUUUCCAAGUCCGGAGUGGAGGGGGUAGGGAUGGCUGCUGUUGUCUAUAGGCUCUGGGUCUCCAGGGAUGUUAAGAUCUGCCCAGAGCCCAUGUACUGGCCGGACCCAGCUGGUGGGUGAGGUGUCGGCCCCCAUCCUGGUACAGGUUUACAAGCUCUGUAAAGGUACAGUGCCUACCACUGCUCCCCUUUUCCACCCCAUCCCCCCCAAAAAAAGCACAAGAUGGGGUCAGGCUGCCUCCAGAGUUGGGUGGGGACAGAGAUAUCAGGCAGCCUGGGAGGGGCA